AUGGCGGCGGCGGUGGCGCUCCUGGGAGCCAGGGGCGCGCCUAGGGCCGGCGCUGGGGCGCCUGUGCUGGGCCAGGCAGGCCGCGGCUUGGGCCAGCUGGGCCGCGCGCGCAUGCCUGCGGGGGGGGGGGGGGUAGGUGGGCCGAAAGGAGCAAGGCGUGAGCAGGCCGGCUGGGGAGGGGAGCGAGCUGGGCCGGGGAGAGGAGGCAGGGAGCUGGGCCGCGAGGCUGGGCCACAGUCGCGGACGGAGGCUGGGGCGACAGCGCUCGACGGAGUGGAGCAGGGCCGAGCCGGCGCGGUCGUGGGUGGCUUCGGCGUCGCGGUGCUCUGCGUCGCGGUGGUCGGCUCGGCGAGGUCGCGCACAGGAGCUCGACGCGGCGGGCGGCUCCGGUGCGAGGACGGCGUUGCGGGGCCGGGGCUCGGCGCGGCGAGGACGAUGCGGGGGGGACGUCGUGACCACGGCGAGGCGCGGCGGCUCCUGCUCGGUGCAGAAGGCUCGACGCAGAGGAGGGAGCUCGUGGACUGA